AUCAAGCCACACGUCUCCAUGACGUCUGACGAGAGGGAGGCGAUGAACGCAGCGAGGGCAGAGCAGACGCGUGGGGAACUUCACUGGCAGUUGGAGAUGAAGAGACAACUGGACGAGGAGAAGAAGAAGAAGAAAGACCUCGAGGACAGACUGUUCGAAGCGAGUGUCUUGAAACAGCAGGAGAGGAUGAAACAAGAAUACGAGGCUGAACUGGAGAAGAAAAGGAGGAAGGAAGAAGAGCAAACUCGUCGACGGGAGGCACAGCUGAAGCAAAUGGAGGCAAUGCAGAAGCAGGCGGAGGAGGAGAGAAAGUCGAGGUUGGACCAGGCGAAGAAGCUGGCGGACAUGAAACAACCCACACCCACACCCAACAUCGACACAGGUCUGGACGCCCGGGUCAUCAAGCCCGCCAAAGACCGAGAACUGAAGAACCAGGAAUACAAGGAGCGAGAACCCAAGAAACGGAAUCCCAAGAGCGAAGACCAGUUCGGCUUCAACAUGCUCAAGUCCGACUCGACCUUCCUGGCAGCCCAGAAACCCAACAAAUUCUUCGAUAACCCAAAGACUCCUAUGAAAAUGGCCAAAAACGGCGAAGACCGCAAGCGUCCCAAGCCUUUGUCGCCGCCCGCCAAGCCUCCGCCCAGACCCAACAACAGGGCCCUGGAUGUACCGAUCCUCAGAAAGCCUCAGCCUAACAGACCCAGGACCACACUUGCCAUCGGUUUUGAAGAAGAGGCGCCACCACCACCACCACGGCCACAGGCGCUGCCAACCAUCACGAAGCAACACGCACAACAAGUCCCCGCCAUCAAGCUGACUGAAUCAAAGGACCUCCAGACCGACUACCCGCCCCCGACAGCACACAUGGAAAUGCAGACCUACAAACCUGACACGGCUGACUUUGAGAUACAGACCACGACAGCGUUGAAGGAGUGGGAGGAACAGAGGCCUCCCCGUCAGGAGCCUCACCCACCCAUGGUCAAGGGGACGCCUUUUGACUGGAAGAUCCGCAUCCAGGAACCCAGUGAGGAAGAUAGGAAAAAAUUCCAAAACAUGUCGGAUGAGGAGAUCAAACAGUUCCAAGCCAAGAACCAGGACCUGAUGAGUCAACUCACAGCCAUGAAGACCAACCUCAGGUCUGCCAAUGGGGAGAGACAACCUGGACAAGCCCAAGGUGGAGGUGGAGGAGGAGGGCCCACGAGGUAUGUGCCUUCAGGACCCGGGUCACACACACGCAGGGCCACGGAGGAUAGACAACAACAACAACAGUCAACCAUCCCAGCUGGCAAUGGGGGCGACGUCGAUUACAUGAGGAUCGGCACCCCAGCACCUGAUCCCCGACAACCUCCCCUGCCCAGGCAUGAACCAAGAUUCGACCCUAACGAGUCGUCAGGAACUAUGAUAAGGAAGUUUAUGGAGAAGAACAAGCAGUACCGAGUGUAGGGGCCUCCACCACACCACCCACCAACACUGGGCGGACUGGGAAAUUGCUAUACAUCUUUACUUAUGAAAUGAUUUGAUGAAAUUAUCGGUACAGGAAAUAUCAAGGUUUCAAUUUUGUAAUUAUUGAAAUAAAAAACUCUAAUGGAGUUUGUUGGACAUGUUAGUGUAACAGAAUCAGCGUGGCAUGUUAUUAGUUGCGUGUAUCAGUCUAUACCGGUGUGAGAUUUUUUAUUAAAAGCUAUGAUCGUGUUCUCAAAAGCUGGAGGCUAGAGGCUAGGAAACGUCUGUCUACUGUAUAUCUUUAUCUGGUGAUUAGCUUCAGAUAAACAUAUUUAUUAUUGUUCAUAGUUCGAAGGUAAGAUUAUCCUGUCGUGCUCCACUCAGCUGAGGUUCCGGGUGGAACAGUUGACUGAGAGGAGGAGGAGGUGGUGUUUUGAGCCCUUGAGAGUUUUCCUUCUGGUGUUCCUCAUCAGAGAGGUUGAAGGACACACACCAGUGGUAAGAUCAACAAAUGGUGCCAUAUUAUACAUUACUUCGUGAGAGACAAGUUUCUUCCUUCUCUCCAACAGCGGGAACACUAGAUGGUCCUCUUUAGAGUCAUCAUCCUGUACAGUUUGUAUUUGUGUUCAAAACGUCUAAAAUGAGUUUAUCCCUGAGUUUAAUAUUCAUACAAGGUCCCAUCCUCAGUGUCAGCAGAAUGUACUUGCCACAAUAACCUAAAAAGAAAGUCUUUAAAUAUCUACAAGUGUUAUCUAUCUGUUAUCGUCAGUCAUGUCUCUGAGCCACGAGAACGGUGUCAGGUGUUACUGUAAUACAUCUGUCUUAUUCCCAGUGAGGCCGAACACUGGGACUUGGUCAACCUACAACACCAACAUCCGUAGUGCCUUAUUCGUUACAUUACCCUGCCAAUGAUAUAAAAGUUGGCGUACUACAGGAACAAUGUGCCUCUAUUUUGUAUAUUAAUAAAGUAAUUAUAUUUAAACCAUU